AAGUUACUCUCCAUUUUUAGAGUCUAAAACAGAUGCUAGAGCCGCAAACUCUACCCAAACUCUAAGGUCCGAAGUUUUGCAUAUCUUAUUUCUAAUUACUCUCUCCGUCCUAUUUAAUUGACACAAUUUAUUUUAUUGAAACACAUACUCUAGACUAGUUUACUUACAACUAUUAUGAAGUUACGAGAGAUUCUAAUCCGGUAGAGUCUUUCUUCUUUAAAAAAAAAAAAAAAAUCAUGAUUGUUUAUUUAUCACGACUCAAACCCGAAAUAAUUUGUUCACACACAAAAAAAAAUUCCAAAAUAAUUCAACCCCAACUAAACCCAACCCAACUAGAAUCGAACUAAUUGAUCCAACCCGAACAGAACUUAGUGGAUGACCCGAAUUUACGCCUCUUCCUGCGUGCCUAUCGGUUAGCUUUGAUUUAUCAAUUUAUGGCUUACUAGCACAAAAUCAAACCAGAACCAUUUUAAGUAGAAAAAGAGAGAGAAUAAUGCUGAGAAGAAAACCAACAAAAAUCGAAGUAAAAUUAGAAGACAAAGAAGAACUCCAACAACUCCAAUCGCGCUACACCACACCUUCUUCUACCUCCGACACCACCUCGUCCGCCGCAGUAACAACCACCACCACCACCACCACUCUUCUGCAACACUUCGAUCGAUCUUCCUCCAAACCCCAACGAAUCGGCCUCUCUUCCCCUUGAAAAUGGAGGUCGAAGUCAAGCUCAGACUCCCUGAUUCCGCCGCACACCAAUCUCUCUCCUCCGUCCUUUCGCCGUUUCUCCGGCGAACCCACUUUCAGCACAACGUCUUCUUCGACGGCGCCAAUUCCGAGCUCUCUGCGCUUCGCGCUGUUCUUCGAUUGAGGUUUUAUGGUGAAGAUCCCCAAACAGCAGAACGCUGCGUUUCGAGCCUUAAAGCAAAAGCGAUUCUUGUUAAUGGGGUAAGUAGAGUUGAGGAAGAUGAGGAAGAUGUUGAUCCAUGUGUGGGUCGGGAGAUUUGGGCUAACCCGAAUCUAAUUGGGUCGUCGGAUUCUAGGGUUUUGAAGAGGGUGAAGGAGGAAUUUGGGGUUAAGGAUGAAUCUGGGUAUGUUUGUUUAGGAGGGUUUAAGAAUGUAAGAGGGGUUUAUGAAUGGAAAGGGUUGACAUUAGAGGUGGAUGAGACACUUUUUGAUUUUGGGACUUUGUAUGAGAUUGAAUGUGAGAGUUCUGAGCCUGAUAAAGCUAAGGAGAUGAUUGAAGAGCUCUUUAAGGAUAAUGGGAUUCCUUAUUCUUGCUCUAAGAUGUCGAAAUUCGCCAUCUUUCGAUCCGGGGAACUUCCAUUGUGAGUGGUGUUGGAUUCCAUUGUUCUGCUGAUACUUUGUUUAAUGCUAUUUGUAUGCUUGGCUUUAUAAUAUGGUCUUUUGUUAAGUGUAAUUUUACUUUGUCAUUGAUUAUAUGAUUGAGAUAUUUCAUGAAUUGGACUGCUUAUGUAUUGUAUUUGCUAUGGUCUAAUGAUGUGUUAAAUACAUUGUUUUCGCAAAUGAUAAUUGUAAAGUGCUUGGUAA